GUACGUCGUCACGGAGCGCGGCCAUCUUGGUCGGUCUAUUGACUCAAUGGUAACGUCGUUUCAGUUUGAGUUUCACUCCCGCAGACGUUUUUUCUUCGAGGAAGAUGUUGAAGCAAGGCCUUCGCUGUAGCUUAGGCUCCUCGACAACAUUCAUAGCGCCCGAUUAUUGGGAAGUUGGAGUGGACACAAAAUGAAUCUUUAUUCUUGAAGAACAUUGAUUUGGGUGCUGGGACCGACGACUAGGCACGAACAUACUGUGAAGUGAACCUCUUGCCGUCAGUUCAGUCUACGUUGCAAUUAUGGGAUCCGGAUCUUCGACUAGUCGUGCGCCCCCCGCGCCGCACGGGUCGAUCGUGGUGACGCAUCGGUUGAUGCACCAAAAUCCCCGCUCCGUAGAGGUCGACAACUAUCUGGAGGAAGGCAGGCCGCAGCAGAUUUUCGGCACAAGUCGAGGACCAUCGACGUCUAGUACCUCAUCGAGCGGUGGAAGCGCAUCUUCAUCGCCACCGCGAACUAGCGACUCCUACGAUGUACAAGUACCAGCCGGGGAGGAAGACGGGGGAAUUGGAAGCGGGGACCAGUACCUCAGCAGGAUGCGCGACGAGCGCGAAAUAGAAUUGAGGGUCUUGGAGGCCAAGAACGCAAUGCUGGAACAGAUGGCAGAGGCAGAGCGACUUCGAAUACAGGAGAAGACGGCAGAACUGAGAAAGGUACUGGUGACUACAUCAACUUCCUCGUGGUGGUGGUGGUGGUCAUGUGUUUCUUCGCUUGUUGAGAUGCUGUAGUCUGUAUCAGAGGUGACAGAGAUCUCAUCUACGAGGAAAAUGUUUUCCCCUUUGCAAGUUUCACCGUCUUGCUUCAUUGGCGAGCGCAGACGCAGAGGCAACAAAACAUUUACAAAAUUCGAACGACAUCAAUUGAUUUUUUAUCAGUCGUAUCCAUAGUGCUCAUAGUUCUUGUUUUUCAAAAAUCAGAUCCUGCAGUUGGAUAUUUUGCGAAAAACGCGACCGCAUCCGUGCCAGCAAGAGGAAACAACCCUUCUGAAUUGCCUGGACCAGCGCGAGGAUUUUUUGCGAUGCGCGAACUUCGUCACAGAGUACCAAGUGUGCGCCGCCAAUGCGGCUUGAGAAAGCAAUCGCACGCACCGGUACGAAGCCGCUUAAUUGCUUAGAGGACGUCUUCGUCUCUUUUUGCAGACAAGAACCCUUCGUCGCGCGGUUAUUGGUUGCUGCUUGGCUUGCUGUGUCGUACGUACUACCUGUUGUGGUUCAUUCUGAAGCUUUUCAAGUACUAUUUUCCAUAGCGCAGGAGCCGCAGCAGCCAGAAGGUAUCGCUGUCUUUCUCUUGGUCUUGCUGGACUAACUUUAAGAGACGCGCCCCCUCGCAAUUCGAAGUAGCUUUUUACCUACAACCUUUCGAGUUUAUUUUGUUCUCGAUGCAUAGAAAGACGAAGACAAUUAGGUUUGUAGGCGUGUUUCGGUUUUGUAGAGGUUGCAAGUGCAAUUGCGCAUGAAGUUCUUGCAACUGUACUACCUGAAGUUCUUUGCUAUGCCUUGCCGUGCACGCGGAGCGGUAAAUAGACCCCAAGAAGUGUAUAUUUUUUCAAACAAAGUAGACUGCACGUGCUGCUCAUGUUCGCGCGACGGGCGUGGGAGAUCGUGCGACUGACGAAAAAGCUCCAUACUCGAGCUUUUCAGACUGACGACAAAGAAAGUGGUCGUCUACGACAGUGAAAAACGAAAU